AUGUCCUCGUUAGUGGGACAAAGCGGGAGCGCGUCGCGUCCAAGCAGCAGACUCGAGAAUCACCCGCACCCGAGAUUUGAGACCAGGCCUUCGAGCAGACCUUCCAGCCGAGCGUCAGCCAGGCCAUCCACGGUCGCCGGUAUCCCCGCCUCCGCUCACGAUGCAGAGUCAGAGUUCAGUCGCGCCCGCCCCCAGAGUUGCCAUGGUUCGCCUGCUUCAGGCUCGGCUACUCCGGGCUCCGGCAAGCGCAAGAGGACGGCUUCCUCUGCCGGUGCCGAGGACCUCUUGAGGGGGCCAAUCGUCCUCAAGCCGCACCCGUCGAGUCUCAUGGUGAAACCGCGCAUCCUGCAUCCUCUGAUGCUGCUUCCUCGCGAGAGCCUCCCCCUCUCGGCCCUCGAUCUGUCCCAGCCCCACGGCGAUUUGGCUGCGAGCCGUCUCUUCGAGUCAAAGAUCAAGAUUCUCGACCUCGAGGGCCGCCUAGGUUCCAACAUCCUCCUCGCUCGCUCAGAGAUAACCGGCAUGGUCUACGCCAUUGAGCGCGAGAGCAACGGGCUCUAUGUGCUGUGCAAGCUCGGCUCAUGGGUGGACAUCGGGUUGCUCAGCGAGAGCGCUACGGUCGUUUGUAAGGAGCGGAUAAGAAGCGGCAAACUCGUCAAGCAAGACAACACCGCCGCCGUCCCGCUGACUACACCGUCGAUGUAUAACGAGACGAAGAGGAGGAGACUGGCUAUCGAAGAGAUACAGUCCUUGGUCCGAAAGCGCUCCGUUUCGGUCGCCGAGAAGGAAGCCCCAGGCCAGGCUGCCACCGUGACGGCGACCCUGACGGCGACCGAGCCGCAGCAGCCGGCAUCGAGGGCAGAUGGUAGCGAAGCGGCGAAUGUGGCGCCGGCCCAGGUUGAGCUUCCCCCUGAGCCGGAACCCGCCGCGCCCGCUGUACGAGACGCCACGAUACCCGCUAUGGAGCCCGCCAACGAGUCCGUCAACGGACCCGCCAGCCAGUCCGUCGAUGACCCGUUUGCUCAGCCGAAUGCAGAGGAGAUAUUUUCAAACCUCAGAGCUCAGUAUAUAGAGGCAUUAUACCAUUCCAAGGGCUCGUUGGCGUACUUCGCAAAAGGCCCUCUUUCCAGGGCCAGGGCUGCAUUUAAUCUCGAUUGGGAAACCAACCUUAACAUGAUCGACUUGGUAGAGUUCCUGAAAAGUCUUGUCAUGACCACCGUUGUGAUUGACAAGAAGUAUCGAGAAACGAUUCCCGAGAUCGUGGCCAAGAUGAAGACCACCGUUCAGGAAUCGGAAACCGGCGCCUCGAAGCCCAAGAAGAGAAAGAACAAAAAGCCCAAGCUGGGCAAGGACGGCCUGUAUCCGGGAGAGAUCGACCAUAUCCGGCGAUGGUGGAGCUCACUUCAGCACGUUUCGAGGGCUGAUGGUGGUGAUGAUGAUGAUGAUGAUGACAAGAGGCUGACCGCGACUGAACACAAGUAUCACAUAUCCUGCUUGCGGAGGAGGGAAACACAACUACAGAUGAUCCUAAUCCUCGAGAUCCUGGCCCUCGAGCCUGUGGCGCUGGCCAAGGGCGCCGAGUGCCAGCUACCAGGAACGGAGUCGCAGAUUGCCUCCCAGGAAGCAAGCCAGGAACCAUCCGCGAAGAAGCGAAACAAACACAACUUGCCAGUGCUGCUUGAUGUGCACGCGGACCGCCUCUGUAUCUGGCAGUCUACCACCCUAGACGAGGUCAAGGCUGUGGCCGAAUCGCAAGUGCCGACUGAGGGUCAGCAAGAAGUGCAAGGGGACAGGGCGAACUCGGACCCCUUGAGGGACUUUUGUGUGGAUAUCAUCAUGCCAUUCUUCUCAGCCCGCCUCCCGGGUCCAUGCGAGUCUCUCAACCGCAAGCUAGGCGGCCCUGUUGCUCAGUCGCCUCCAAAAGCCAAACCGGCCAAGCCAACUUCGGCGGUGAAGCCGAAGCCCGGCGCCCCGGUCAAACGGCCGACGACCUCGAAACGGGACAAGGACAAGGACAAGACUCUCGAACGCGCCCUUUCAGUCGAGCGGAGCAGACGUAGCGUCUCAAGGGGCCCGGCCGCAGCCAUUGCCCUGCUGCGGUCCGCGAGUCAGACGGUUAUACCGGGCUUGAAGCGCGAGGCAAGCGAGUCGUCAGUCAUGGGGCUGGUUCCAAGGGCGCAAUCCGGCUCACUCAAGGAGCGGCCAUCCAACAUCUUCUCUCGAAGCACCAGCCUGGGUCGGGCGGAUCUAAAGGCGCAAAGGCAGGCCCAAGUCGAGGCCGAGCUCAAAGAUGCCAUCUCGGCGCUUAAGAAGCCUAACCGGGCACUGGCCGUCAAAGACUUUGUUGAGGCUGCCGAGAAGCGCGCGUCGGCAGGCCAACUCAAGAAAAUGAAAAAACCAAGCCGCGCCUCUGGCGUGCAGGUAAAAGCCACACCGGCCAACAACCGGUACAAGGACGCGCUCGCGCCCGAAAAGGCACGGUCACAACCAUCCCCCUUCGCCGAUGUCCCUCCCUCGAGCGCCUCCGUCGUUCCGGCGUCGACCCUCCCGUGCAAGUUCGCCAACAGGCUCCCGACGGCAACCACCAGCACCCGCUUGACGACGGCGGACCGCGUCCAGGUGACGCCGGCGAGAGCCUCGUCCUCAUCCAUCCCCGCCACUGGCCUCCGACUCGCCCAAGAAACGCCUGGCGAGUCCGGCAUCCCUCCUUCGUCGCCCAUCAUGGCCCGUAAAGCGGCUCCUCCUCAACCACCUCCCCCGGCUCCUGAUUUUAUGAUGUCCGGCCGGGAGCAGACGCGGUCUCGACGCCUGCCGGCCCCCACGGGCGGGUUUGAUAUACCCUCCUCCCCUAAUCUUGGUGCACUCUUCGAGACGCCGAUCGCGCCGCGCUCGGGCAAGGAGAGAUCGAACGUUGUCGAUGAUACGCCCAUCAGAUCGAGGCUCCCGCUUGGAGUGGCUGGGGACGGGGGCAAUAGGGCUGCUGACGCAGCUGGGGCGAAAGACUGGGGGUCCCGAGAGAAGAAGGGAGUAGCGAGGUCCGAGGGCGGAGGGAGCGAUGAUGGCGGCUCAGACGGCUCGGCGGUGAAAGAGAACGGAGGCUUGAGCAUCUACCAGCGGCUUGGGUGGGAGACGACGGAUCUGGACGACAUUGACGACCUGUUAUGA